AUGGAAAGUGAAGGUAGUACUCCUAAGCCGGAGGCAAAAUGUACCUUUGUCGAUUUUGACGGCCCGGACGAUCCAUUGCAUCCUUAUAAUUGGCCGGUAUGGAAGAGGCGUUUAAUAUCGGCGCUUUUAGCCAUUUCGACCAUGUUCGUCGCCAUGGCAAGUAGUAUCUUCGCCACAGCGAUACCUGCUAUCAUGGUGGCAGAGGAUCUCAGCCGCGAGGUCAGUACUCUCGGUGUUUCACUGUACGUCCUCGGCUUUGCAACAGGGCCGAUCAUUUGGGCUUCAUUCAGCGAGCUCAAGGGACGAUACCUACCCAAUACGGUCUCGCUAUUCGGAUUCAUAGUUUUUUCAUUCGCAGCGGCCAGGUCGGGACAUGAUGUUGCUUCGGUCUUCAUUUGUCGGUAUUUUGCCGGUUUCUUUGGCGCAGGGCCUCUAACCUUGACCGGGGCAACAUUUUCCGACAUGUUUCCUCCCCAGGAGGUUGGUACGCUGAUGACCUUGUACUCAUUAACCGUAUUUCUGGGCCCGUUACUCUCGCAGCCCAUUGGCGGUUUCAUUAUUCUGAACAAAUCGCUCGGCUGGCAAUGGACAGAAUACCUUCCAGGAAUUCUUGGCAGCGCUGCGUUUCUCGCCCUUUUGUUUAUACAACAAGAAUCGUAUCAUCCAGUAAUUCUCGCUCGCAAAGCAGACCGGCUACGUCGAGAGACGGGCGACUGGUCCAUCAUAUCGAAACACGACACCAUCGCUAUUGAGCCCCGAGUGAUUGUCCGCGAUUUUCUGCUCUUGCCCCUGCGGAUGCUUGUGAAAGACCCGAUCGUGUUGUGCAUGUGCACAUUUGGAUCAUUUGUAUACGGUCUUCUCUAUCUCUUUCUCACAGCAUACCCGGCCAUCUUCCAGAAAGUCCACCAGAUGAACUCGGGCGUUGGGGGCCUGCCCUAUUUGGGUAUCAUGGUAGGCCAACUCAUCUACGUCGCUUCAAACAUCGUCUUCCGAAAUACAUGGAUUAUGCCGCGUCUGAAACAGAAUCAAUUUCAGAUGGUACCUGAAUGGAAUCUGCCAAUGGCGAUUCCUGGCGCUGCUGCUUUCUCGGCCGGUCUGUUCUGGCUCGGAUGGUCUGGGUACAAGGCCAGCAUUCACUGGAUUGUGCCAACAGCGUCUGGGAUUUUGACUGGCUUUGGCUUGCUUGCUAUGUUUGUGCCGUCGAUUUCGUAUGUUGUCACUGCCAGGCAGAAAAGGGCUGCCUCUGCCGUCGCUGCGCAUGCAUUCCUCCGUUCUUUAUUCGGGGCUGUUUUCCCCCUGUUUUCCACUUUUAUGUUUCAAAAUCUCGGCAUUCAAUGGGCUUGCACUCUUCUCGGCUGCAUCGCAGCCCUCAUGCUUCCUAUCCCGGUGGGCCUCUAUGUUUAUGGCGCGAGAAUUAGAGCCAAGGUCAAGAUUGAGUAUUGA